UUUUUUUUUAUUAAACUAAGAAGAGGAAAAUAUUUACCGGUACGGCGGAAUCGGAAACAAGUGUCAGAUUUUGUGGCAGAGGCAGUCGGAAAUGGCGUGCGGAUGUUUAUGUGCCUCCAUACUUUCUUCCCCGAAGCUUCCUUCUCUUAAUUAUUCAGCUGUUACUAUAACUAAGUUGCUUCGUCGUUCUCUAGUUUCUCUCCCUUCGCCAUCUAAAUUAUCAGCUCUCAAGUGCAAGGCCGCCGGCCAAACCUCCCCCAGUCCCACCGUCUAUCAGGGAAUUUAUGGUCCUUGGACUGUCGAUUCUUCCGACGUUCGAGAGGUAAUAUUAUAUAGAGCGGGAUUAGUGACAGCUGCUACCUCUUUUGUGAUAGCUUCAUCGGUUGCCUUUUUACCCAAUAACUCUUCAUUGAGUGACGCACUUAAGCAAAAUCUUGAUUUGCUCUAUGCCUUAGGUGGAGGAGGAUUAGGCUUAUCCCUAGUCUUGAUCCACAUAUAUGUAACUGCAAUUAAGCGAACUCUUCAAGCUUUAUGGGUUCUUGGUGUUGCUGGAUCUUUGGUAACUUACUUAAAUCUUGCACAACCAGCUGGGGACAGCUUAGUGCAAUAUGUUGUUGAUAAUCCAUUGGCGGUCUGGUUUAUUGGUCCUCUCUUUGCCGCUCUGACUGGACUUGUUUUCAAAGAAGGGCUUUGCUAUGGAAAGCUGGAGGCUGGAGUUCUCACCUUUGCCAUACCUACGCUACUUCUAGGCCACCUGACUGGUUUGAUGGACGACGGGGUUAAACUUGCUCUGUUAGGUUCAUGGAUGGCUCUGUUUAUAAUAUUUGCUGGAAGAAAGUUCAGUCAGCCAAUCAAGGAUGAUAUUGGCGACAAAUCUGUUUUCAUGUUCAAUGCACUUGGAGAGGAAGAAAAGAAGGCCUUGAUUGCAAAGCUUGAGCAGCGAGAGCGCAAUGCAACUAGGAAGGGAAGAAAACAAAAAAGGCUUCAAAUGGCAGGGAAAUUCUGGUGGAGAACCCUACUAUUAACAAGACCAUCCAUUACAGGAAAAUUCUGGUGGAGAACCCCGUUAUUGACUUUAGUUCCCUUGCCGUCAAAGCAGUAAACAGGGGCUUGCCAUUUCUCAUCCUCAAGCACAGCACCCACUUCAAAUGUCAUCACGUGAGCCUGUCUUC